AUGGACGAGACAGAGGAAACCGCGAGGGAGUUCAAUCCAAGAGACCCUACCUUCCUUCCACUAGUUCCCGACCCGGAUGCAGAGAGAGUUGAUUUGAAGCAUCAGACGAUGGAUGAAAGGAAGAAUUCCAAGGAAUGGAUGAUCGAUCAUGCACUCCAGGAAGCUGUCACCAAGCUUGCUUCAGCUACAAGGAAGAGGAAAGUUGCGCUACUUGUUGAAGCUUUUGAAACGGUAUCGCCUGUACCCAAGUAUGAGCCUCGUAUUAGGCAUUCCUCCCCAGUUUUCUCUCCAACUACGCCCAGGCCCAUUCAAGCCUGCAGUUGA